AUGGCGCCAUCCAUCUUGUCGAGUCGGCCUCAUUCGCGGUCCUCAAUGAAGAGUGACCAGGCGCGAUCUACCACCGGCAAUGUGUCGCUCAAGUACUUUCUUCCGAACAUCGCCUCGCCAGCGAAGACCGAAGUCACAGUCCCACCACAUGCUGCGGCACAACAGGCCGUGGCUACAAUGAGCCCUGACUCCCGAAACCUGGUACAUGGCUACAUGGUGGUCGGACUCGCAAGACUUCCAGAGGAUUGGAUCAUGUCAAAUCAGUCUGCAGCAAGCAAGGCAUAUCGCGCACACGGGAGCAUUGGCCCAUGCAUACUACCCACGAUACUGGGUAGCAUUCCUACCCAAGACAAGGACGCAGCCACGGCGCAAAUGUUUUCAUCUGCUUUGAAGGCAGUGUUUCCCAACGAUGCAGAGGUCUGCUCAACGCCACGAGCGCCCACUUCGACUUGUCAUGGAUUCGUCCUACAAAUGCACAGCUCCCAGAGUCUCUACGGUGUCGCCCUGAAGCUGUGGGUGAAGUCGGAUAGUGAGCGAACAGGAAAGAUUUUGGAUGUGCUCACACCGAAGGACUCGGCGCGCAAUGCCGAGACAACAACUUUGUGGAUGCCGUAUUGUCUGGCUUAUCUGUCGCACUAUCCGCUCUUUGAUCUAAUGAGCGAUUACCUGCGCUGCACAUGGAUGUUGUACGGCAAGGACCCCGACAAGUUCAACAGCAAUGGUGUCCUCCGAAUGACGCGACUACCGCCGCCGCAGCCAGAUCAGAUCCUCCGGAUCGAGCUUGAUCAGUAUACCUUCUCAUACCUGAUGCCAGCAAGUCCUCAAGAUUUCCAGAACUUCGCCCUAUGGCCGUUCUUCACCUGUCUCACUCCGUCACAAGUGAUUGCUAUCCUCGAAGCGGCGCUUUCACCGAAGGGACGAAUUGUGUUCACGAGCCAGUAUCCGGCAAUGAUGACAAUCGCGUCUGAGACUGUUAGAUACUACGUCAAGACAUGGGGCGGGUUGUACCAGCCGAUAGUAUAUGGAAAUCAUGCUCAGGAGCUGCUCAAUGAGGAUGCUCCUUACAUGCUGGGCCUGACGCGGCAAUCGCGAGCGACAGUUGCCGCUCCUCGGGAUGCGCUGGUGGUUGAUCUUGACCAACAUCGCAUAUACACCUCACGACCGCCAGGGUCAUUAUCUGCACGCCAGCGGAAGAAGUAUGCUGCGCUAGUUUCAGAAGCUCUGUUCAAAGCCGAAGUGAAUGGUCCACCAAAGCACCUCAAAUCAGCCUACGAGCAGAACAAUCGCUUCAGUGCUGCCGGCAGUAUGAUGGGCACUUCAGACCACAGCCCACGUGCGGUAGGCGAGCCUGCCUGGUGGGAUCCCGCUAGAGUCCAGACAGCUAUUCAGCAUGUGUGCAAGCGCAUUCGACAAAACUACAAACUCCUUUCCGCACUCGACAGUGUCCGGAAGCAGUCCAUCAAGGUGAACGUCACAGACCUGAACAAGAUGAUCCAUGAUCGGAACCAUUUUGCUCGGAACAGCAUCGACGCCUGGGAUUCCUACAUCAAGAUCAAACGACGUACUGAUGUCAAAGUCAGCGAAUUGCUCAAGCGCGAGUCACAGCUCGAAUCUUCUGUUGCGGAGUCGAAGAAGGAAUUCGCCGAUCUGAGCGAGUGCACAGAACAACUCAUAGAGGACACACGACAGCUGCAGAAGGUGGUGAAUCAGCAAAAGAAGGACAACGCGAAGACAGAGAGCGACCUCCAGGAUAAGACGGUUCACGCGAAGCAGUUGUCGAAUCACGUAUCGGAGCUGCAGAGCGAGCUGAAAGACGCCAAUCAGACGCUAGCCAUGCAGCAAGAGUUGAUCGAGGAGAUCGAACGGUCAAGAGAUAUGGCAAAGCAAUUCGAGUCCAGGUUCGAAUCGGUCUCACAGGAGCGCGACGAGGCGCAUCGAGCAGUGAUCCAUCUCACAAGCUUGAUCAGCGGACAGAUCGCAUAUAUCGAGCGUGUGCUGGCCAGUCUGCUGGCACCACAAAGCCGGCCAACCUCAAGGACAGAAAGCCGUGCCAGUAGGCGGCGCUCGUUCCAGACGAUGCCCGGAGGUCCAAUACCGACGAGCCCGGGCAUGAAUCCUCGCUCUUCGAUGGUACUCCCGCGCAGUCGAAGCGGCACGAUGGAGCUCUCCAAUCCGCUCUCGCCCCUAGCAUCGCCCUUUGCAGCCCACUUCUCGCCUUCCCGGAGUGGCAGUCCCUUAGCUCAAGUCGAGAUGGCAGAAGAGGAGCCAAGCCUAAGAGACAAAGUCGGCGCUGUUGCUGCUACUGUGAGGAAGAUCAAUCAGCAAUGUCUCGCAGCAAUUCAGGACCUCGCAGAGAGGAGAAAUGAGCUGGAUGCGCCGAGUCCACAGCCCGAAGACGAGGAGAAUGAUGAGGACGUCGGACGAUCGUCAUCACCAGCAUCCGACGAGGACAGUCAGGCAUCUGAGACCCAAUCGUCGCCGGAAGAAGAGAAGCCGCAACACAACUGCGAGAGCGAUAAUGCAGGUCUAACCGCAGAUUCGCCGCAUUCGCUUUGUGCACGGGCAUCAAAUGUGUCAGCAAUAUCUUCGGUGCCUGACCUGGACUCGUCGAGCUCGACCGUGAGGAGCGACAGCGUUCUUACAGAUCCCAGGGACGAAUAUUCGACGCCUAGCCCAGGAAACAAUGUUGUAACGGAGCCCAGGAUACAAAGCAUCCUGGAGGUCGAAGAGGAAGUUGAAAAGGAUGGAACUGAAGCUGAGGCAAUUUUUGUGGAUGCUCAGACACGAAUGAUACCCAGAAUCGACACGAGCGGAAUUUUUGGCUGA